GUGCUCGCGUUGCAUGCUAGAUUCAGCCUCCAAAGCGUGCUUGGAAAAUUUGACGAUGAAAAUCGUUGACACGUACUUUGUGGAAUUCCAGCAGUUUUACAUGUGCGUGUUGGUGCUUCGGAAGGUAUUGCAUGUGUACACUGAUGAACGCCGACGGAGGCGAAGUCAUUCAUGUUCCUUAUUGUAAUGCGCGCGGAUCCGGUUUAAGGUCGUGUUUUGCCUGGAUCAUCAGAACAGUAUUCAGGAAAGUGAUCUGGUGCCGAACUUUGUGAUACAGUGCUGGUUCCUCGGUUUAUUUAGGGGACAUGAUCAAUAUUAUUGGACGGGAAAUUGAGAAUUCAAACUUGUCUUCCACGGAGUAACGUACAGUAGAUUUCUACGCAUGAAUGGAAUAGCUAAUCGAUCAGAUCCAAAAAUUUAAAGAAAAACGCACCCGACCGCUGAGCUAUGACAAUUGAUUCCUUUAGAAGGGUUGAUCUGCUGCUCCACAUCCCCAGAAAAAUUCCUUUCUAAAUUCCUUGAUGAAAUUAAUAUUCCUAUAUGUUUUGAAUAUAUACUUGUACAGUACUGUACUGUACUGUACAAGUGUACAGUAUAAAAUCAAUGUAGGAAUAGAGACACAAUCUUCAGCGCCAUAUUCAGGAUAUCAGAAGCUCUCCUUUAAUCAUCCUGAUGGUGUCCUAAUUUUCUCAAGAAAAACAAAUUCAUUUGAAUAUGGAAUACAUUUUGUGCACUCUGUUAUAUUGACCGUCGGGUUCAUCAUCACUAUAUCCAAUGCAGAUGCCUAAUCAAGUGUACUGUGCGAAAAAGCCAUAUUUGUUCUCUGGUCAACAAAAGAAACUCUGUAUAAAUCACAGCCGUCUCAAUCGGCAAAAUGUAUUUGCAUUGAAGAAAAAUUGAGUGGGAAACGACGAGAAAAUCGAAGGAAAGCCUUUAAAAAGCGGAUGAGUGGCAGGUUCUUUAUUGGCUUUCGUUUUUCGAAUUCCACGUUUUCCUCCGAAUUAUCUUUUGUUGAAAAUAAUGUUCACCAUCAGGACGAAUGUGAUAAAAUCGUUAUUGUUCAGCGAUGGACAGCAUGAGUAACUUAUUAUUGUUUCAGUUCCUUCUUUAGUCAUUCGAUGUGUAUUUUUUGAAUGAUCCAAAUUUUCAAACAAUUCUUGAGAAUAGAAGGAAAUCACAUAACAAUACUGUACUUCAGUUUGCACACGGCAGUUCGUCUGAGAUUCGAAUCCGGAGGAAGAUUCCCCUGGAUAAAGUACAGGGAAUAGUGUGUACUGAACGUACUCCUUUGCGUAAUGUAAUUUGAAUUCCUCGAUUUCUGCGUGAAUAUGAAUGAGAAGCCCGUUUAUUUGCAUUUUCAACAUGCUGUCCUACUGUGCUUUGUACUUUAUUGUAUUCAAAUUGUACCAUUGGGUUAAAGCUGCACAAUACGCAGUGUUCGUACUGCGCAAUUUACGUAUCGAUUUGGCUACAGCAGAGAAAAUGGAGGGUGAUAUUGCCAGCAAUAAUGGUAUGCCUCGGCUGAUGGGUAAAAUUGCCGUUGUAACUGCUGCCGCUCAAGGAAUCGGUCGAGCCACAGCCAUCAGAUUUGCGAAAGAGGGAGCAACAGUUUAUGCAACGGACAUAAAUCUAAGCCUACUGGAGGAAUUGAAGGAAUUCAAAGUGCUCAUACGUUCGAAUGUUGAAAAGAUGGUUGAGCAAGGUGGAGGAUCUAUUAUCAACAUGUCAUCAGUGGCUUCCAGUGUGAAAGGUGUCAAAACCAGGUUCGUUUAUUCCACUACAAAAGCAGCGGUUGUCGGUCUCACCAAAUCCAUUGCGAUUGAUUUCGUGGACAAAGGAAUUCGAUGCAAUUGCAUUUGUCCGGGAACUGUAGACACGCCAAGUUUCAGAGAGAGGGUCAAUGCAAAUGCGGAUGCAGAACAGGCACUAAGAGAUUUCAUUGCACGACAGCCUAUGGGAAGGCUAGGAACGGCUGAAGAAAUCGCAGCACUUUGUGUUUACCUAGCUUCUGAUGAGUCAAAAUAUACCACUGGACAGGCGCAUGUCAUAGAUGGCGGUUGGGCAUGUUGAGCAAACAUGUUGCCACGGAAAUAUGAUGACUUAUGUGGGCUCAAUAGUGAUUCAUACGUUUGGUUCUGUGAAACCUAAAAAACAUAAGCCUGUUUCCUGAAGAAGUGAAAAAAAUGGACAAGACCUUAUUCAACCAACCAGGGACAUAAUUUUGCUCCGUCUUCAUACAUAUUGUAUAUUUUUUCAUUGCGGUGAUGUGAGGAUUAAAAUUCGUUCCUUGAAAUAUUUUAGACGCGAAAUUGCCGACUUGAGGGUUCCAGCUAGCUAUAGUGAUUCAGGGAACACAUAAUUCCGUCUCUGACAUUUUGGCGGGUUUAUAUCGUCUGAUGUACUCAACAAUUCGGGAUGAUGAAAAAAAAGCUCGAGUGCUUUCAUAGA